UUCAAUCUGCGUUUCUUCUCGCACUAUUUAGUUUCUUCCUCUCUUGAAUCUCGAACGAAUAGUGAUAAUGUUGGCGCGAUCUUUGCUCCACGAAGUAGUCGAAGCCUGGAAAGCUCGAGAUCACACCGGUCAGUACCAAAUCGAAAAGUAUCGGACGAGCGCCGUGACCAGACGCGUUUUUAAUUGACGUCGCGCAGAGGCUCCGGUCAUUAAAAGUGACAAUUCAUCAUCGAAUUAAUCCUUCGAGUUACGAAGACGUUUGACCGGCCCGUUGUCAAUUGAGGGCUCAUUCCCUAACGACGCGUUUCCAAACUCUUCAUUUCCGAGCAUCGAUCGCGAUCAGCGGAUGAUUAAAAACUGUAAAAAUCGUGCAGAACAUGUUGCGACGAUGUGCCCGGAUUUAUAAAUCACACCGCGAACCAGCACGCGGAUAACAAACGCACCCGAGAACGAUCUCGACUUCUGCGCUUUCCCUCUUUCUACAUACGGAUCUAUAAAUCCACUUGGAACAGUUUUUAAUACGAGGACGAACGAGAUAUUCUUUCAUGGAUUCCGAGCUUUUGAGCUCACCUCCCAAUGUCAACCUACGCUCGACUUGCGCCGUUAUCCCUGUCAAGCUAACCAGACAAAUCGUCAAGUACGAUCACACUUCGAAGAAUCAACAAAGAAGUCAUUUCUCGAGGAGAAAACGGUAUCUGCGUAAAUGGCACUCGACUUUGUCGCUGGUUGUUUGGGAGGAUGCGCGGGUCUUAUGAUGGGAUAUCCUCUGGAUACGAUCAAAGUUCACAUACAGACGCAGGAUCAUCGCAAGCCCAAGUUCAAAGGCACCUGGCACUGCUUCCGUACGAUACUCGCACGAGAUUCGAUCUCGGGACUGUAUCGUGGCGUGACGUCACCGAUGGCCGGCGUAGCCGUCGUGAACGCGAUAGUGUUCGGCGUGUACGGCGAAACGCAGCGGAGCAUGGCGGACCAGGAUCACCUGACGACGCACUUUUUCGCGGGUGCAUCAGCAGGAUUAGCCCAAUCGCCGAUCUGCAGUCCGCUCGAAUUAGCGAAAACGCGUUUGCAGUUGCAGAGCAGCGUAAACGCCGUUUUCACCGGUCCGGUUCACUGUCUUCGGCACAUUUAUCGAAACGAGGGUUGCCGCGGUGUGUUCACUGGCCUCGGAAUAACGGCGCUCCGGGAAGCCCCCAGUUACGGCGUUUAUUUCUUGACGUACGAGCUCCUCACGAGGACUUCCAAGGUCACCGAUAUUUCGACCUUCCACAUGCUCAUGGCGGGCGGUCUCGCCGGCACGGCGUCCUGGGUCGCGACGUAUCCGGUCGACGUCAUCAAAUCUCGUCUCCAGGCCGACGGCCAAGGCCGCUACUCCGGGGCGCUCGAUUGCCUUCGACAAUCGAUGAAAACCGAGGGUCACAAGUGGCUCUUCCGAGGUUUGAGCUCGACCAUUAUCCGAGCAUUUCCGACCAACGCCGCUACCUUCGCAGUCGUCACUUGGACCUUCAGGAUUUUCAGCGACAAACCUGACUCGCGAGUCGAUGGAAAACCAACGAACCCUGGCAGAGGCAACGACGAAGUGGCCUCAGCGACAGCCAGGCAAACCCACCAACAGCGAGACUCUUUCGUCGACAAGUGCAACACUCUCGUUUCCAGGGUCAUGGAUGAGUACAACUACGAAUCGAGAUCGUACUUUUCCCCAAAUGGCAUCACCCUCUACGUCGAUGACGCCAACCAAAAAACCCACAAACCUGACAACGACACGAAACUCCUUCAGGCUGGUGAAGAGGCGAGAACUCGAACUGGAAAAAUACUCGCGAUCGAAGAAACCGAACAUUUGACGAACAAUCCCGAACGACACGAAGAAGGUGGUUGAGGAUUCGACGAUCGUUUUAGUUUCUGUGAUUUUUUUCUCGCUCUCGAGGCCAUUUUUUCUUCCUUAUCUUGAGUCUUCCAACGAUUUAUACCUAUUUAUAUAACUGCUAGUUCCAAGGGCGUAUUCUGUGUAAAAAAGAAUUUUAUGAUAAGGUGCUAGAGAAAUAUCAACGCGCGAACAGUUUUUGCAAACGAACUACAUUUCGUUGUUCAUCAUAAACUUACGAUUUUACUGAAUAAUUUAUGCUCUCGAAAUCCUCAAAUUUCUGUCGUCUCGGAGUAAAAGAAUCCUGGAUUUUGCUGGACGAUUGAAAAGUUCCAAAGCAAUUCAAAAGUUGGGUUGGCAGGUCGUUCAUUCCGACGAGAUGCUGACAUUUUCGCAACAUUUUCAAGGCGAGAGAUUAGACGGUAUCGCAACAUUAGCCGUUGACCCAGAGAUUUAUCUCUCUCCUUCUCCGGACUAGAAAGACCUGACAAAACAUGUGCAGAUUUGUGACAUGGCGAGUUGAAAAAUGGAGACAGAUACGGUGCCAGGGUGCACGAUAAGAGCGAGUCCUGAAGAGCAGCAAAUUUGCCUGGCUCUUUAAUUCGCGGUACGUUGACCGAUAAGAGAUUAUUUUAAUAUUCGUGCACAAAAAUUCGUAAACGUGCUUUCGUUGAAUGCGCAACGAAGUUUCGUCGACGAACACACGUUUUCGAUUUAAAAUAUUUCCCGUUGAAUAAAUACGUUGAGAAAUCGCGCAAACACACACUUUCGUUAUUCCCCAGUAAGUUAGAAUCUUCUCGUACAUUUUUGAAAAAUUUUUUAUCUUAUAACGAGAUCGAAUAAUUGAUAAUAAAAAAAAACUGACGUCGGGUCUCCCAGAA